AUGCAGAAGUUACAGCUCUUGGUUCCUUCAAAUGGAACUUUGGUCCAUCCAGCCUAUUUCCUACUGGUGGGCAUCCCUGGUCUUGGGCCUAACGUGCACUUUUGGCUGGCUUUCCCAUUGUGUUUUAUGUAUGCCUUGGCCACUCUGGGAAACAUGACCAUCAUCCUCAUCAUUCGCGUUGAGAGGCGUCUGCAUGAGCCCAUGUACCUCUUCCUGGCCAUGCUUUCCACCAUUGACAUUGUCCUGUCCUCUGUCACCAUGCCCAAGAUGGCCAGUCUUUUCCUGACUGGUAUCCAGGAGAUUGAAUUUAACAUUUGCCUGGCUCAGAUGUUCCUGAUUCAUGCUCUGUCAGCCAUGGAGUCAGUUGUUCUGCUAGCCAUGGCUUUUGAUCGCUUUGUGGCCAUCUGCCACCCAUUACACCAUGCUACAGAGAUUACUGUGGCCAAGAUUGGACUAGCUGCUCUGACCAGGGGAUUUGUAUUCUUCUUUCCACUGCCUUUCAUCCUGAAGCGGUUGUCAUACUGCCAAAAGCAUACUGUCACACACUCCUGUUUGCACCAAGAUAUUAUGAAGCUGUCCUGUACUGACACCACAGUCAAUGUAGUUUAUGGACUCUUCAUCAUCCUCUCAGUCAUGGGUGUAGACUCCCUCUUCACUGGCUUCUCCUACAUCUUUAUCCUGCAGGCUGUGUUGGAGCUGUCCUCUCGAGGGGCAGCACUCAAGGCUUUCAACACUUGCAUCUCCCAUCUCUGUGCUGUCCUGGUCUUCUAUGUGCCCCUCAUUGGACUCUCAGUGGUGCACAGGCUGGGUGGACCAACUUCCCUGCUCCAUGUGGUUAUGGCUAAUAUCUAUCUACUGCUACUACCUGUGGUCAAUCCUAUUGUCCAUGGAGCUAAGACCAAGGAGGUCCAUUCAAGGAUUGUCCAUAUAUUCUCACAUGAUGGCAAGCGAGAAAGAUGCCCAACCUAG